AUGUCCUAUCUGACGUCUCCUCUUCGUCCAAGUUCCAGACCAUCAUCGCGUAGCUCCAACGGCCGAUCUGCGAGUCCUUCGGUAUCUCUGCCGGAUAACCCAGUUGCCAUCCGCAAUCAGAUGUCUACGCUCAAACAUACCAUCCGACACCAGCAAGCGCAGUUACAGAGCCUCGAAAACACUAUUCUUCGCGGGCCUCGUCCACUACCCCCAGGAAUCAUGAACUCGCCUCCACAUUCACCGACCGACUUUGAUCAGACAUUUGCGUCCGGAAGCACCUACAUGUCUCCCCGAGUACAGAAACGCAACAGCUUCGAGGUGUUACAUGGUCUCGCAGGGCCUGAAUCGAGCUUGCCAUUGCCACGGAGAGAGGAGAGGAGUCGAUCGUUUGGCGAGGAGAAUGGCAUCCGGGAGGGCAUACCGACUUCUUCUUGGACGCGCCAGCAGAGUCCGACGCGGACGCUCAGUCGAAUACCGGUCUCAUCUGUAGGUAACGCACGGGCCCUCGCCGAGGAAGGACAGCAAGACUCCUCGCAUCUCAGCUCCUCGCCACUGUCACCAAAUCACGGGGCGUCUUCGACCCCUCACGGACCAACAAUCUCACCCAGCCGCAGGUCGUCAUUUGCACCCGGCAACACCACCAAGGUGCUCGCAGACCUCCAGGCCGGUGUCAUGAACGCGAAGACGGCACUAGAAAACACGAAGGCUCAGCUCCGCGUGAGCCAGCGUCAAGUCAGCCAGCUGACACGACAAACGGAGGACCUGAAGGAGGUGCGGGAGCGUCUCCGGCUGGAGAACGAGGGGCUGAACAACGUGGUGGCUCGCAAAGAGCGUCUGCUACAAGAGGUUCUCGAGCGCGCGCGCAAGGCAGAGGCCGAAGUGAUCGCUGUAAAAACGCAGGUUAAGUCUGAGACGUCAACGUCAAAGAAAUCCCUGCGCGAGAUGGAGACGGCCCUCACAGAAGCGACGGCACGCUCGCAGAAGGCAGAACGCGAGUAUGUUGUGCUUCGCGAUUCGAUCAAGGGUCUCGUGUCGUCUUUCCAGACGGACACGGAUGGUCUACGGAACGAGAUGCGUAAGCGAGAGGAGAAGAUCCUGCAAGAGGCGGAGGAGAUGGGCAAGCGCUACACGCGGCUCAUAGAAGAGGUGAGGCGCGAGCGAGAGGAUGGCAACUCUGUGGUGGGUGAGGCCAAGCGGCUGCGGGAGGAGAACGAGCGGAUACGGAAGGAGGUGGAGGAGAGCUUCCGGGAGGACAUUGGGCACCUGCGCUCUGAGGUAGACAGGCAAGGAAAAGAGAGCGAGCAGGCGUGGCAGACUGCACGGAACCUGGCGGAAGAGCUCGCGCGGCUGCGCAGGCUCAUGCGGACGGAUCCACAAGCAACAGACCUGCCAGUACCAGAGUCCUCUGUUCCUUCAUGA